ACUUGCAUAAUACGAACAGCCUGCUAAAUAUGUAAACUGAAUAUCUGUCAAGUUUUGUAAUGUUUAGUUUAAGGUUAUAAAUUUAUUUUAUACAACUUGUUUUAACAUGGUCGAAAACUCGGAAUCAGACAAUGAAAUUAGUGAAGACUAUUACACAUUUCUUAACCUACCAAAAGAAGCAACAUCGGAGCAGAUUAAUUCUGCUUACCGUAGGUUAAGUAGAAUAUAUCAUCCUGAUAAACACAUUGAUCCUGAAAAAAAAAGACAUGCGGAGCUAUUAUUCAAUAGAACUAAGCGUGCUUAUGAAGUGCUUUCCGAUCCGCAUAAAAGAGCAAUAUAUGAUUCUAUUGGAGAGAAAGGCUUAAGAACAGAUGGAUGGGAAAUUGUACAUCGAACAAAAACUCCAUCCGAAAUUCGGGAAGAAUAUGAACGCUUAGCACGAGCAGCAGAAGAACAUAAAUUGCAACAGCGAACCAAUCCACGGGGAAAUGUCACUAUUGCGGUAAAUGCAACAGAAAUAUUUGCACCAUAUGAUGAAACAGAGCUUCCCCGUAUAGAAGUUUCUUCAAUGAGUAUUUCGCAGUCGAUUGAAGCUCCCAUAACACGUAAAGAUACAGUUACCUUAGGCGGAACUUUAAAUUCAUCAAAUGGCAAUGGUAGUGGAAAUUUCGUUGUGUGUGGUAGAAGAUUACUUAAUAAAGGAUGGUUACAAUUGGAUUUGGGAGUGGGCAAUGGACCUUUGUUGUGUGUUAAAGGUGGAAGAACGCUUAAUUCAACGUUCUCGGUAAAUGGAGGCACCUCAUUAAACUUUCGUGAGAAUGCUAUACUACCUGCAAUUUUUUCCACACUAGCAGUUCAGUUGGAUAAGCAUACCGUCGGGUCAUUGAUUUUAAAUGCUGGAAGUCAAACUUCGUUAACAACGCAAAUAGAUCGUUCAUCAGAAAAAUAUUCCUUAACAACUUCCUUUGUUAUUGGAAGUCCGCAUAUAUAUUUCAGUAUAAUGUACACACGAAAAAUGUUAGAAAAUGAAUUAAAAGUGAAGGUUUCUACCAAACUUGGAACAUUUGGUUUUCUAGCAGAAUAUGGUGCUGAAAAAAAAGUUUCUAAAUACAGUUCAGUGUUUGCCUCAGUUUCAGUUGGUGUACCUACGGGAGUUAUACUUAAAUUUAAAAUAAAUCGCUCAAAUCAGUCUUACAUAUUUCCUAUUCAUCUAAGCGAGGAAAUCGUUCCGGCAGCAAUAUUUUAUGCUUCGGUAACACCGAUUUUACUCUGGUUUGUAGUUAAAAAAACUAUCAUUGAUCCUAUUAAAGAAGACCGUAGAAGUUCUGAGAUCGAAAGAACUAAGCAAGCCAAUGAAGAACGCUUACUAUUGAAGAGGCAAGAAGCACAUGCUGCAAUUGAAUUAAUGCAUCAGACUUAUGAACGAAUUGUAUCAGAAGAGAGCUCUAGGCAAGGUAUAUUAAUAAAUAAAGCAACUUACGGAAAGCUACAAGAGGGAGGAUUUGAUUUUUCGGAGGAAGCUUCAAUUGAUGUAACAAUUCCAGUACAGUGCCUAGUAAGAGAUAGUACGCUAACAUUGUACAACGCUUCAAAGAGUCAACUGCCUGGUUUUUAUGAUCCUUGUGUUGGGGAAGACAAAGUGCUUAAUAUAGAUUAUACAUUUAAUGAUCACAAACAUGAAAUUGUCGUUAAAGAUUUAGAAUCAAUUCGAUUGCCUUAGUAAACUUUACUUGUAUAUACAAAUUAAAUUUAAAUAAAUUUAAUAUUUUGUUUUUAA